ACUCCCCCUCCAACUAUAAGAUACAACUCACUCGAGAUACUAUUUCAUUAAGCGCAAAAACAUUUCAACGGGUAAGCGUACAGAUCCGAAUGCACAUGAAACGAUGAAUCUGGGAUAUAAUGUCGUGUUCUUCUUAUCAAUUCCCCUAUAUGACUCAGCUCAAGUUCCAUCGAAAUGUGAUACGCCGUCGUCCUAUCCACACACGCAAGUCGAUGACAUAUACCUAAAACCGAAAAAUGGUAUAUUCAGCCAUGGAUAUAAAGUCGUCUACAGAUGCGCGGAGGGCUACACUCCGAACAGUCGUAUUCGCUCUAUCAAGUGUGAAGCUGGAAAAUGGACACAACUAAACAUGAAGUGUGAAAAGAAGAACUGUGGAUCUGCUGGGGAGUUAUUCAAUGGGUACUUUAAAUAUAUGGGGGCCUUGUUCGGGGACAAGGCAUAUGCAGUGUGCAAUGAGGGGUUUACACUGAAGGGGAUGGAAUACAGAAUAUGUAAGGACUCUGGCUGGAGUGGAGAGAUUCCCACUUGUGAAGAGGGAGGUGAACCACAAGUGGUUCCAGCAGAAGUGACCUGCCCGGCUCCUUCAGUGGCCAACGGUGUGAAGUUGAGUGAGACUGUCUCAGUGUACAGGGUCAGAGACUCAGUGACCUUGGCCUGCUCCGAGGGUUUCCUCCUGACUGGAGCCCAGCAGCUCACCUGUGGACCAGACGGUCAGUGGCAGCCCCAGCUCCCACGAUGUCUGCCCUCUGUCAGAGAGAUCACUUGCAAUGCCCCCAAGGCACAGGAAUGGAGGUUGAUCAACGGGUUGAAGCCAGUUUAUAGAUCUGGAGAUUCUUUGUCUUUUUCCUGCAAGGACCUUUAUUAUUUGAAUGGAUCAAUCACUGUUACAUGUGGGGUGAAAGGAAAAUGGACUCCUUCUAUUCCACAGUGCACACUGAUCAAGUGCCCUAUAUUAAACAUAACAAAUGGUAUGCCAUCAAGCAAGCACAGAAGACCUGGAUUAAAUGUAACCAUAAACUGCUCUAAAGGAAACCAGCUAAAAGGUGCUGCCCUCAUAAAAUGUUCAAGAUCUGGGGAAUGGAUGGAGGAGAUUCCACAAUGUGUGUCAGAGGGAAGACAGGCUCAAACUGUGGUUCCAGCAGAAGUGACUUGCCCUGCUCCUUCAGUGGCCAACGGUGUGAAGUUGAGUGAGGUCUCAGUGUACAGGGUCAAAGACUCAGUGACCUUGGCCUGCUCCGAGGGCUUCCUCCUGACUGGAGCCCAGCAGCUCACCUGUGGACCAGACGGCCAGUGGCAGCCCAAGCUUCCACUUUGUCAGCCCUCUAAUGAUGUAAUUGAAAUCCCCAAGCCUGAUGGCAGAUGUGGAGUGCCACCGUACCUCUCCAACGCACACAUUUCUGACAGCUUUAGAGCACAGACAUAUUUUGGUCCUGGUGACCGGGUCAGGUACAGUUGUGCCUUGGGAUAUGUGAGAACAAGAGGCCCUAACCAUAGUACCUGCAUCAGUGGGAGGUGGACACCAGUAACUCUGAGAUGUGAACGCAAAUUAUGUGGAUCGGCUGGAGAGAUCUCUUUUGGUCAAUUUGUCUAUACCGGUGCAGAGUUUGGAGAUAAAGCCACAGGGGUUUGUGAUGAGGGGUAUCAACUGGUUGGACAUGAUGUAAGAAAUUGCAUGAAUGAUGGCUGGGAUGGGCGUGUUCCUGUCUGUGAAGCUGUGCAGUGUGCUGAACUUCCUGAGGUGGUAAAUGGAGUGACAAAUGGCCGUUUGGAACCACCUUACGUUUUCAGUACUGUGAUUGGCUAUCGGUGUCGCGUAGGUAAACUGAUUGGAGCGAGUGAGAUCUACUGUACCAAAGAUGGGACAUGGAGUGCGCCACCUCCAGAGUGCAAAGACAUUAAAUGUCCCUAUCCCAGAGUACAAUAUGCCCGAAGGACAAGAGGAAUUAGAAUGCCACUUGAGUUUGGUGACUCUGUGACAUUUGUCUGUGAUAGAGACAUGGUGAUGAAUGGAUCAGGCACCGUCACAUGCAGCCUGGAUGGGACAUGGUCUCCUGCCCUUCCCACAUGUGAAUAUUGGCAGCGCUGAAGGUCUGCUACCAUUGAUCAUUAUACUGAAUGUUGCUAAAUCAACCAUUUUACCAUAUACUUUACCAUAAUAAAUUAAUAUCCUAAUGACUGUUUUCUUUAAAUACCCCUUAUGUCUUCUGGAAUCAUGUUAUUAAACCCCCCCCCCCAAUAAAAUAUUGCAUCAGAGAUGA